AUGAAAAUUUCCUCCACAUCGGUUCCGGAUCCAUGCCUAGCCCAACGUAGAUGUUCCACAACCGAAGAAAUCGUUUAUGCCGUCGAUACUCAGCAAUGCUAUUUGUUCCGAAACCUUUGUCUUUAUGAGAACGACUACUGCCAGCGAAGGGAAAAGAAAGAAGAAGAAUUGAAAAUUGUUUCAAAAGAGGCGUGUCUCGCAAAAUGCCGAGAUUUUUGUACUGAAGAAUAUUUCCCGUUAUGCGCGGAACACAAUGGCACAUUUGAAACGUUUACCAAUAAGUGUGAAUUACACAGAAAUAGCUGUCAGAAGAAUAAAUCCUACAUUUUCAACCACUAUGGAGCCUGUGAAGCUUAAGGGAGAUUCAACUCAAAAUGCAACUGUUACCUCAAAAUUGUAUUGGUUUGUUAAUUUGAAAUAAAAUUGUCGUAUAAAAAUCUUUAACUAGUAA